GCAGGGAUGGUUCCUGCCCCCAGCCGGUACCUAGUGUUCUUUCAGUACUUUGGCACCAAGUAUAGUGGGGUGAUGCAGACUUUGACUGAUCAGUCAAUGGUUGGAGUCCAGAAUUAUCUGGAGAAGGCAGCUGAGAAGCUAAAGCCCAGUGUUCCCAUCAAGUUCCACAUCUCCAGCCGAACAGAUGCUGGUGUCCAUGCACUCUGCAACACUGCUCACAUCGACAUCCAGUGGGCCCCAGGGAAGCCAGCUUUUAAUGAGAAACAGCUCAUCUAUGGUCUUAAUCACCACCUGAAGCCUGAGCCAAUCCGGGUUCUGGCUGCCCGGCGGGUGGGCGGCAGCUUCCACGCGCGCUUCUCGGCGCUCUCCAGGACCUACCUGUACCACCACCACUCCCAGGUGCCCGUCUUCGAGAGGGACCUCUGCUGGGCUCCCACGGGAGGCUACCUGGACGUGCCAGCCAUGCAGGAUGCUGCCCAGUUCCUGCUGGGGACCCACGACUUCAGCACCUUUCGCUCCCAUAACUCGGAAACACCUUUUCGGUCUCCAGUCAGAACCAUCCUCCAGAUAGACAUCCAGCCCUCUUCUGGUUUCCUGUCCCACCACUAUGAACACAGGGGGCUGGAGGUUUGGGAGCUGACGUUCAGGAGCAGAUCGUUUCUCUACCGACAGGUCCGAAGGAUGGUUGGGACUCUGGUUGCAGUUGGCCAGGGCAGGCUGGCACCUCGUCAGGUGAGGGAGCUCCUGGAGAUGAAGGAUGCCAGAGCUCUCCCACCAUAUGCCAUGGCUCCAGCCUCUGGGCUCUUCCUCAAAUCCGUGGAAUAUGAUGAAGCAGAUCUGAAUGCUACAACUGCCCCAGGAGAAUAG